CCUCUCUGACGCUCUGCAUUUCUCCAACAGCGGGCGCUAAGUAGGACGGUUCAACUCACAACAGUUUUUGUUUCCAGUCGACAAGUUGAUGUUUGAGUGCGGCGUUUUUGAAAGACUGCAAGCUGAAACUUUUGACUGACCAAAUCGCACAGGUUUCUUAAUUGAUUAUGGACGAACUAAGGCAUCAGGUGAUGAUAAAUCAGUUUGUUCUUACAGCCGGAUGUGCGGCUGAUCAGGCAAAGCAGCUUCUACAAGCUUCACACUGGCAGUUUGAGACUGCUCUCAGUACAUUUUUCCAAGAGGCUAAUAUUCCCUACAGCCAUCAAAUGAUGUGCACUCCAGCAAACACGCCAGCGACACCCCCCAACUUCCCAGAUGCCCUAGCCAUGUUCUCUCGUCUUAAAGCCUCCGAGAGCUUCAGCAGCAGCAGUCCCAUCGCUUCUAUGGCUACGUCACCAGCUCCUCACACCAACUGGGCCAUGAGCCCUCCGGCAACCCCUGGUCACCAGGGGCGAUGGACUCCAGGUCAGCUCAUGCCCCAAACGCCGUCACCAGGCUGGCCGGCGGCUGUGACUCAGCAAGCCUCCGCUGAGCAUGCUAGCAUCAUCAUGGAGGCUGAGAGAUAGAGACUGCUUUAACUAGCCAUCACACCUUACACAAAGAUCGAGGAUGGACCUUCGUCUUGAUGAUUUUGGCAGUUGUGGAUGUAAAACAGUGCGACGAGAGCACUGGGUUGCAGUGAGCAGUGGUGGAACAGCGUGUGGCCUCUUCUCUGAGGUCACAGGAAAUCUGGGAUCUUUUAAAAAUUCUUUUUUUUUUUUUUUUAGCAAUUACCAAAAAGAUGGACAGAAUGAGUAAUUAUGUAGCAUAUUCACAGAUAACCUCGGACAAAUGAAUGUGUUACUGAAUAUUGUCUUCAGUUUCAGCAGUUCUCAAGUAAUGGUGAAUACUUUUAUUUUGCACUGUGUACUAAACACCUGCAGUGGAUCUAAGGUUAAAAGAAUAGUUACUUACCGUCGUGUCAUGCCGAUCCUAUUUUAUAGACAAAAUGGUUGAAAUAUUCUUCAAAACAUCUUCUUUUAUAUUCCACAGAAGAAAGAAAAUCAUACAGGCUUGGAAGGACAUGAGGUAGAGUAAAUGAUGACAGAACGAACAGUUUUGGCUGAACUGUCUAUUUAAUCGACAGGUUUACUGCAGAAAUCACAAUCUCUUGACCUGGUCUGUAAUUUUGGACUUUCUUAUGACUCCGUAAUGAACUGAAUUGGCAUUUUGUAUUAAAAUAAUGGUAUAGGCAGUGUUUUAUACCCAGAAUGUUGGAUUCUCUGGUUCUGCUUAGCACUUACAGCACAUUUGUGUCUAUCACAAAUCCCUAUUUGUACUUAUAAGAAUAUAUUCCUCUAAUUUCUUUUCACCGAUCAUCUCCCUGUAACUGUGUUCACACUGCCUCCACAAUAUUUGUGGACUAUGUGAUGGUUAUCAUUUCCUGUUUAUGUUUUUAAAUAAAUAUUGUAUAUAUAUUGCAAAA